UGUGAAAAUAAAUACUUGAAAAAUUGUCAAUAAUUUGCCAACCAUAUUUGCACCAUGACGGUGACAAAUGGAGAGGGCAAUAACGCUGGUGGUGAUGGCGGUGGUGGUAUUGUGAGACCGCGUUGUUUCUUCGAUAUUGCACUGGAUCGAUUGAAUAUAGGUCGUAUUGUAUUUGAAUUGUAUUCGGAUGUGGCACCAAAAACCGCGGAAAAUUUUCGUGCCUUGUGUACCGGUGAAAAGGGUAUCGGCAUUGUAACGGAAAAACCCUUGCAUUACAAGAAUGUCAUCUUUCAUCGUGUGGUCAAAGAUUUUAUGAUACAAUCGGGUGAUUUCUCAGCCGGCAAUGGUACGGGCGGAGAAUCAAUAUAUGGUGGAACAUUUGAGGACGAAACAUUUGAUAUAAAACAUGAUCGUCCUUUUUUGUUGUCCAUGGCCAAUCGUGGUAAAAAUACCAAUGGCUCACAAUUUUUUAUUACUACACAACCUGCACCACAUUUGGACAAUGUCCAUGUUGUUUUCGGUCAAGUUGUAUCGGGACAAGAAUUAGUACGUCAAAUUGAAGAUUUGCCAGUUGAUCGUAAUUCCAGACCAUUGCAAGAUGUUAUUGUAGCCAAUUGUGGCGAAUUGAUAAAACAGAUUAAAAUUAAAAAAGAUAAGAAGAAAAAGAAACGUGCCGCUUCAUCGGAUGAUGACAAAUCGGCUGCCAGUGAUUCCGAUGAUGAGAAGCAAUCUAAACGUAAGGAGAAAAAGAAAAAGAAGGAUAAAAAACGAUCCAAAUCCGAGGAUAAAGAUAAAUCAAAUUCUGACAAAGAAACUGAAGAAGGUGAAGCUUCAGAUCUUGACGAGGGUGAACUACAUCCAUUAGUGACAGUCACAAAGAUUGAUCCAUCGGAAAUUCCAGAGGUUUCUAACAAAUUUUUGCUACGUGAUGAUGGUUCAAAACGUAAUCACGAUAAGGAAGAUCGUCGUGACAAUUCACGUGAGCGUGCUGGUAAGACGGAGGGACGUAAUGCUUUUGGUUGGUCCAAGAAAAAUGUGCCCACAUCGCGUAGUGGUCGUAUUAUCAAAGGAAGAGGAGUUUUCCGUUUUCGUACCCCAUCACGUUCUCGUUCGCGCAGUACAACACCACCACAUUGGAAGAGGGCACAAAAUCGUACUAUUAAAAUGUCAGAUUUGGAAAAAAUCGAAGAAGAAAAAAAGAUACGUGAGGAAGAAAUACGACGUCGUGAAAUAGAACGUAAAAAGCGUCACGAAGAAGCCGCCAAGAAUCCGAAGAAAUCCUUCUUUGAAUUAUCUCAUGCCAGUUCGUAUGGUGGUAAAAAUAACGAAGAUGGUUCACCAGACCGCAGGGAUGAUAAUCGUAGACGUCGUGAUGAUCGUGGACAUGAUGAGAGGGAUCGUACACGUGAUCGUGAAAGGGGCGAAAGACAUCGUGAUUCUGAAAGAACACGCACGGUUUCAAAAUCGAAUAAAGAUGAUGAAGUGCCAUCGCGUAAUAAAGAACGUAAGAAAUCGAUGGAUCUGAAUGCCUUGGACUAUGAACAUCAAUCCGAUAGUGAGGCGGAGGAUGAUGGAGGAGAUGAUGCUGCUGAAACAAAACGACCAAAAUCGGCAUUGGUUGCCGUUUCGCGAUUUACACAAAAUGAUCGUAAAAGGGAGAGGGAAAAUGAACGUGAACGAGAAAAGGAACGUGAACGAGAAAGAGAGCGUGAAAAGGAAAGAGAAAAAGAAAAGGAACGGGAAAAAGAAAAGGAACGAGAAAAAGAAAAGGAACGGGAAAAAGAAAAGGAGCGAGAAAAAGAACGAGAGAAGGAAAAAGAAAAAGAACGUGAGCGUGAGCGCGAAAAAGAAAAACUAAAACUUGCUGAAAAGGAAAAAGACAAAACCAAGGAAAGAGAUAAUCGUAAUAGGCACAAUUCUAGUUCUAAAUCACGAACAAAAUCUCGUAGUCGCAGCCGUUCUCGUUCGAAAUCCCGAUCGAGAUCCAGAUCAAAUUCACGACGUCGCCGUUCACCGAUACGCAAUGAUAGACGAAUGGCAGGUCGCCGACAAGGCUUCAAUUCACCACAGCGUCGUAGAAAUUUCAAUUCAUUUAGAAAUAAUCCCUUCAAUGAUAGACGGCGUCGUUCACGUUCUGCAGGUGAUCGGUUCCGCAACCGUUUUCCACUCUCGCCAAUACGACGUCGUUCGUCUGUAGAUCGUUCACGUGAUCGUCGAUCUCGCGACCGACGUGACAGAACUCGUAGCCGAAGCAGAUCCCGCAGCGGUUCGCCAGCACGACGAGGACGUGAUAGACGAGACAAGGAUCGCAUGGAUCGUGAUCAUAGUCAUGAUCGUCAACGUAGUCGCAAUCGUAGCCGUGAUCGUCAUUCUAGAUCAAAAUCCCGCUCUGCAAGUCGUCAACGACGAAAGAAUCGAUCAUCGUCCCGAUCACCAAGACGUUCUCGAUCUAAUAGACGUUCCAGUGAUCGACAAUCACCAAAGAAAAAUACCGAACCUUCAACUUCUACAUCAGCGGCUCAAGCCGAAAGUAGCACGGAAGCGGCUGCUCGUGAAAAACAACAAAAACGUGCCGAGGCAUUGUUGAUGUUCAAAGAACAUAUGCGCAAAGAAAUCGCUAAGGAAGAAGAGAAACGAGCCGAGAAACAACGUAUCGAGGAUAUGGAGAAAGAAAAGACCGCACGCGAACUUGAAGAACUGGAACGACUAAAGGAGGAGACACUGAAAAAACUCCAAGAACAUGAAAAACUCAAGGAGCUUGGAACUGCGACAGAUGCCAAGGCUGGCAGCGACGAUAACGAUGAGAAGUCACGUGAAAAGAAGAAGAAACGUAAGAAGUCCAAAAAACAUACAAGAUCGUCCGUGUCAGAUGCCGAAUAA